GAAAUAUUUCUUGUCGAAUGGAAGGAGACAUGGGAGGACCUCACUACUUCGACCACAACUUACUUGGACGGCUCUUCGAUGGGUUGCAUCUUAUUCUAGAACGAGAGUUGUGGAUAAACGACGAUGUUGGCUAGCCUGAAUUAUACAAUAAUGUCCCUCGUGUCAUUUGGCCAGCUCACUUCUAUUUCCGUGUCAUAGUAAGAGUGGAGAUUUCUUCGGAAAGUGAAUGGCAGGCAUUACGGAUAAAAUGCGGAAAGCCCAGAGGCCCAUGACAUUGGACUGCUACUGGUACCUAGGCCUAUGAUGAUGGUUCUUCAGUUCAGGGCAAGUGCCUGGUUGGUAGUGUCCGCGAACACAAGCAAAACGAGAUUCGAAGAAUGUGACUGGACGCCUAGCUGCGAUGACGGAUUCUGUUUGUCAGGAUGAGGUGCAUCCCAGGGCCAGAGAAGCAACAGCCAUCGACUCUGAACCGAAUCAGCGAUUUGAAAGCGAAGAGUGUAACAACCAGCUUCUUCUGGAUACGUUGUCGCCGUUUGGAGAACCUACUGUAUUUGAUCUUCAAACUGGAUCACUGGCAAGGUCAUCCAUUCAAGCACCUGCCAGCGUGUCCGCCGCUGGGGGACACCGGCUCAGAAGCAGUUCUGACAGCAGUGCAGUUGAGCGUCUUGUGAAGGCCACUGGAGGGGCUUGCCUGUCCUCCGCGUCCACUCCGGACACUGAGGAACAGCAGCAACUACGGAUGCCUUGGCCAGCAGCCAAACUGGCUGCAUCCCGGGGCAGAGGCAACCUUGGCACCGAUGCUACAUGUAUGAGCAGCUCGACCUCUUCCGAUGGAGAAGGAACCGAUUCGACACAGCAUGCUGGAGUCAGCACUACCAACCAUACGAUUUCCACCGCGGCUAGUAUGCUUAGACAAACACAGCAAUUCCAGCAGGCGGCUAUGGAUGUUGCGAGCAGACCACCGUUACCAGUGCCGAACCAUGCAGCAGGGUCAGUGAUGCGUGAAAAGAAGACAAAGAAGACGGAAAGCCAGAAAGCCAUGUUGCUCAAAUACUACGGACAGGACAUCAAGCCCCCGAAAAAUGUGAUCGCUAAGGUCGCCGCAGAGACUAGCCUGACUGUCGACGAAGUCAACAACUGGUUUCGCAACCGCCGCAAUCGCCAUCCGGUGCGCAACAUCAAUGCCCAGCAAGACGGCCGUGGCGGUCACUUGACAUCGCCGGUCAACCCCAGGGGCAUGCAGCACGCCAGUUGGCCGGAACCUGCGGACCUCAGCCCAGCUCUCAGCCAGCAUGCCCAGUGGGAGAUCCAGCAGCUGCAGCUGCAGCAGCGUGGUUUCGGGCAGAGGCUCGAGCCGGAAAGCUUCCCGCCGCGGCAUGUUGGACAAGAGCAAAGUCAUUUCCUCUGGAAUCCGACUCCAGCCAGCUGUGCACAUCCUGUGAACGGCAGCACUGCUUUGCCAUCACCGUCGAAUACAUUGUGUGGACAACCAGCCAACCCCUUUUCUAAACCCAGCGAGCUCUCCAGGUCAUUCCCUCAAGCCUCACCCCGUGAUGUGCUCAACAGAGCGUCUGAAAUUGCUCAGGGAAAUGGUAUGCACGGAAGCGGAGUGGCUGCUCCCGGGUGCAGUUCGGGUGCAAUGCUUUCUCACAUCCCCCCACCAUUACCGUCGCCGGCUGAUGAGUGUUCACGGAGACAUGGCCAGCUGGGCAGCACACCGCCCACGCCGUUGUCUCACAACCCUCCCGCAAGCAAUGGGCAUUUCGGCAGCUAUGUGUCGAACACAUCCUUGGCUCCGGACUGUUUCGUGUCGGUAUUUCAGAGGUUUGGUGCAAACUCCCCGGAAAGGCAGAGUAUGCUGGCCCAACUGGCUCCUAUUCUCUCCAUGGAGGAACAGCAACUUCUCCGCGGUGAGCUGCAUAACAGUGCUGGCGGAUAUAACCUGGAUCAUCUACCUCAUUCUCUUCAUGGCAAAGCCAGCCUAGCGUGGAACGAGAUUAGUAAGAUCUUCGCUGCGAACUCCAGCAAUUCACAUCGGAGGCUGACAAAGCGGUCAUCAUCAGCCAGUCAGGACAGCGGUUGUGUGCCUAGCGAUACAGAUUUGGACACGAGCAGUGGUGGUGGUGGUGGUGGUGGUGGUGGCGGGAGCAGCGGUACAUCCUUGACGGGAUCGCUUGGCAGUAUGCAAGUGGAUCAGGGUGUGAGUGGCGACUCGUCCCACCGCGAAGGUGGCCAGCCCGCGUCACUCCAGCAGCAACAACAGCAGCAGCAGGCACUGCAGAUGUCGCCUUUGGCAACACUUGAGGUCGUCUGGCCAAGCAUUGUGGCUGGCCUUGCGCUAAUGCUCAAGCAACACUCUUCGUACGUCCGACCGGUGUUACAAGCGCUCAACUCCAUGGGGGUUUCUACAUCCGAUACACUCCAUAUCGAAGGCGCCGCCAGUGCAGGCUCCUACAAGACUGAGGAGUUGGAGAGUCUGGUAGCACGAUGGUCUAGUGCCCAGCCUUCAGUGCCACAGCCUAGCAACUUGCUUGGUCCAGCACGGUCUGUGAACAACCUGCAGCAUGAGCAAGCGGUGGCAAUGUUCGGCAUGGCGCCAUUGCCCAUUGCCAACAUGGGGCCAGAAGACAUGCAUACCAUGGAGCCGCUGGCUAGCCUCCCGUCCGCUUCGCCUCACUUGCCGGAAGCAUCUGCUCAGUGGACAGCCUCAAUGCAGCCACGCCAGUCUAGUUGAUAUGGCGUGCUGCCUCCCUGCAGGCCAGGAUUAUCAUGCAUGUACAGUAGAGCUACUGUGUCCUUUAAACUAGCAAGUCACCAUGCUACACUCCCCACUCUGUGUUGACUUAUGAAAUUGAUUGUAAAUAUUUUGAUAGUUGCCUCUGCAGCACUGCAAAUAACACAAUUUAGAGGAGCAUUGUUUCGAUAUUGAUAAAGGUGAGAUUCUCAUGACCGGCCUAGGGAAAGUUCAGCACUCCUGCCACAUGCACACACGCAUAAAACUAGUGGAGCACACGUCUCCCAAGGAAUUGGUGAUGAAUUGGCGAUGACCACGACUGGCAGAAGACACAGCUCUAGCUGAUCAUCACGGGGAUUUGAAGUGCUGGCUUAGAAUCUUUCCUCAUCUGCCAAACCAAUAUAAUGGAGCAUCCCACAAAUAAUCUCCAUAUGCUUGCACAAUACACAAAAAAAACUAUUUGACUCAUCACAUCCGUACGCUUUUUUCUUCUUUGAAUUGACUCCAAAGUCCAAUGUGAUUAUAUUGUCCCUGGGAUCAUGCCAUUCUCCGUUCUUUAUGUCAGAUUCCUCUCAGAGACAUGUGUGUACCUGAACACAAUGUAGAUUUUAGCUGUGAUUAGCUUGUCUGUGUGAAUCCAGGUCCGUUGGGUGCCUGUUUUCGUAGCAGCACUGUUGGUCUUCUCUGCCUUUCUGCGUCGCAUGUGAUUUCAAAUAAAUCUUUGACAACAACGGCCACCAUGGAUCACUUG